AUGAUUCAGAAAAUCGUCAAGAACAUCAUGAUGGAGGAGUUGCUCGACGCGCCUCUGUACACAAGUUCUCCCACCAUGUCCAAGAGGGCGAGGCUCCUAAGGGACAUCAACUCCAAGGACAAGAGGUUCCGCCUCAUCAUCUCGGCGGUGGAAAGACUGCCCAGGGGUCCUCCGCGUGAAGAACAUGACCCCGUGGACUUUGACAUCACUACGGCUACCGUGAAUCCCGUCUACGCCCUUGCAGAUACCCUAGAGGCCCCGUUUGAGCUUGUUCUUCGCAACGGAAACACCAUUUACCCCUUAGCCUUUUGCACUCUCCCGGAUGCCCUGAUUUUCCAGCAGAGCCUGACCGGGUACGAGGUAGCAGACGGAUACUGCCAGAACAACACCACUGCCAGCUUCGUCAUCCUCGGACAAGAGCGCCUCUUCGAAACCGCCGCUGUCCAGAUCUGGGUCCCUAACCGCCUCCCCGGCACGCUCGUAGCCGACAGCGCCGAGUUUACCAGCCCCAUCGACCGGCCCAUGUCCUCCGUCUCCUACCCUUCCUCCCCUAUCGCCACGUCUCCCACGGCCACCAUGCAGCUCCCUCCCAGCGUGGGAUUCCGAUCCCCUUCCCCGCUCAUGGACUCCUUCUCCGCCGAGUUCGCCGGCAUGGGUCUCAGCUCCAGCCCUGGCCAGCUGCACUCGCAGACCAUGGGCAACGAGCAAUACCACCACCACUACCAGCAGCAGCAGCAGCAGCAGCAACAACAGCACCAACAACAACCCUACCUAUACGCCCAGGCCCAGCCCCAACCCGCACCCCAAGCCCUAUACACCCAAGCCCAGCCCCAACCCGUCCCCCAAGCCUACUCCUCCCCGCUCCCCACGGCCGCGCGUUUCCAGAACCACCCCUUCCCCGCCCCAGCCCAAGCCCCCAACGCGCACUACUCACCCCGCACGCGCUCUACGCCCCGCUCAGCACCUCCCCGCCCAAGACACGGUCGCCAGCAGCCGCAAGAACUCCGUCUUCUCCUUCUUCAGCAGCAGCGGCGGCAAGACCAAGAAGAAGCGCGGGUACAGCGUCAGCUCCAAGAUGACGGCCGUCACCGCCGCCACCAGCAUGACGGGCGCCAGCAGCGUCACGUACAAGAGCUCGUCCAGCUCCGCCUCCAACGGCGGCACCGCCGGCGGCGGCGGCACCGGCACCGUGACCAUCGUCUCCAGCGGGGCCGCGCCCAGUCCGCCGUCGUGCACGCCAAGCCCCUCAAGCCCCUCCUCGUGCUCUUCACGCGCCACCCCAAAACGGGCGAGCGCGCCACCGUCGUCAUCGCCGUCGACGAGAGGACGAUGCCCAACCCCAGCUCCUGCUCCUGCCAGCAGGGCGUCGCCGCCGACGGCAAGCCCUGCAAGAUCACUGCCCUGGAGCAGACGGGCGGCGAGCGGCCCCUCGAGGCCCGCCGUCUCCCCACCGCGGGCGAGUGGGAUAUCCUCCUCCUCGCCAGCCCCCGUCGCUCCGAGCCUCGCGGCCUCGCCGGCGCCGCGUGGAAGGGCCUCCUCCGCCUGAGCCUCCUCUUCGCCGACCACAAUGACCGCUUCGUGUUUGGUGGUGGCUUUUGCCGGUGUCCGCAGAUUACGAGGGGCCAGCUCAUGGAGUGCAUGAUCAAGGGCCACGUCGGCCUCCUCGGCCAGGCCCGCGAGCUGUAUCGGAGCCGUUUUCGGCAGUGGUACGAGGGGCGGUAUGAGAAGGCCGUUCACGUUUCCCAUCAGUCCAUCAAUGAGGGCGGUGGGGAAUAUGAGUGGGAUAGGUAG